AUGUCCACCACUUCUAACUCACUCACACCGCCACCUGAGCCAACAGCUGGUCUUUCUACACCACACUUGAAUCAGUCUGAGGCAAAUGAACCAGUAGUUGCAGAAAAGAAACCAACGGUCCUUGACAUCGCCAAGGACAUUGAAAAGGACUUGGCCGAUUUAAAAGAAAAGUUGGAUAAUAAUUAUAAGGAACUGAAUCAACGAGUCGAAGUUGCAUUGAAAAAAAUAGCCGAAUUGAGUGUUGCUAACGAGUUGUCGGACUACUGCUUCGGCCAUUUAGCUUAUUUACUCGAUAAGCCAGCAAAUUCUAGACAGGUAGGGUCGUCACUCAAGCAUUGUGCCAUGAUCUUUCAAGACUUGAAUCAAGGCUAUGAACCGCAGGAUGAAGAAUACCUAGACUUGGAGAGUUUACCCUGGUGGAGAGUGGUACUGAGCUCAGGAAAGAUUUCGCCUCGUGAAAAUUCAAAUGGACAGUAUCGGCAAGCUGAUUUACUACGAGGCGAAAGUAUUGCUGUGUCGGAUGCUCACUUGAUAGAUUUGAAAGAGUAUGGGUGGUUUCCAGAGGAUGUGGAACUAUAG